AUGGCAGCUCCUGACCCACAGACGGCAGCUCCUGACCCACAGACGGCACCUCCUGACCCACAAACGGCACCUCCUGACCCACAGACGGCACCUCCUGACCCACAGACGGCAGCUCCUGACCCACAGACGGCCCCUCCUGACCCACAGACGGCACCUCCUGACCCACAGACGGCAGCUCCUGACCCACAAACGGCACCUCCUGACCCACAGACGGCACCUUAUGACCCACAGACGGCCCCUCCUGACCCACAGACGGCAGCUCCUGACCCACAAACGGCACCUCCUGACCCACAGACGGCACCUCCUGACCCACAGACGGCAGCUCCUGACCCACAGACGGCAGCUCCUGACCCACAGACGGCCCCUCCUGACCCACAGACGGCCCCUCCUGACCCACAGAUGGCACCUCCUGACCCACAGACGGCACCUUAUGACCCACAGACGGCCCCUCCUGACCCACAGACGGCCCCUCCUGACCCACAGACGGCACCUCCUGACCCACAGACGGCACCUUAUGACCCACAGACGGCACCUUAUGACCCACAGACGGCCCCUCCUGACCCACAGACGGCACCUUAUGACCUACAAACGGCACCUCCUGACCCCCAGACAGCACCUAAUGACCCCACAGACAGCAUUUCCUGA